AUGGCGAGGACGAAGCAAGCUACGCCGUUAAGGAGAGACCCUUCGUCUGAGUACGUCAAGGGAGAUGCACACGGGACCCCGAGUCGCAAUCCGCGGAAUAUGAAUGUGGAGAAGGAGAAGAGUCCUAGUCAUGCAAAUGGCAAGGCCAAUGGAAGUGCUCUUGCGCCGGCACACAAGGAGGCAGAAGGUCCAGGCAUAGUGCAGUUCUUAAUGGCAGUAGGAGGUAUCUACGGGUCAUUUCUAACAUGGGCCCUCCUCCAAGAACGCCUAACAACCACCCCCUACGGCUCCUCCUCCGCCCCCGAGCUCUUCAAAUUCCCCGUCUUCCUCAAUACGGUGCAAUCCCUCUUCGCAGCCCUCACAGGGUACAUGUACCUCCGCUCCUCGACCAAACCAGGCCAGUCGCCUGCGCCCAUCUUCCCCAACCAGCGGAUCGUAGUUCCCUUGCUCCUCGUGGCUAUAACAUCAUCCCUAGCCUCGCCAUUCGGCUACGCCUCCCUCGCCCACAUCGACUACAUAACCUUCAUCCUCGCGAAAUCCUGCAAGCUGCUCCCCGUAAUGUUCCUGCACAUCACCAUCUUCCAGAAGCGCUACCCGCUAUACAAAUACCUCGUCGUGCUCGCCGUGACCUCGGGGGUAGCCGUCUUCACGCUCCACGCAGGUUCCGCAAAAGCCCACAAGAAACCAUCCAAAGCCUCGAUAAACCCAGACCGCAAUUCCACCUGGGGAUUAUUACUGCUGGGUAUCAAUCUGCUGUUCGACGGCCUCACGAACACCACGCAGGAUUACAUCUUCCAGACCUAUCAGCCGUACACGGGACCGCAGAUGAUGUGCGCGAAUAAUAUCAUGAGCACGAUCUUGACGCUUAGCUACUUGGGCCUGUCGCCGUAUCUAAGCCAUACAGGCCUGGGCGAGUACUUGGGCAUGGAUUUAUCGAAUGGUGGUAGUGGUGGGGAGUUCAAGGCCGCGUUGGGGUUCAUGGCUAGACAUCCGGGCGUUUGGUGGGAUGUUUUGGGGUUUGCGGCUUGUGGUGCUGUUGGGCAGGUUUUUAUCUUCUACACACUCUCCACAUUCUCCUCCCUCCUCCUCGUAACCAUAAACGUAACCCGCAAAAUGCUCACCAUGAUCCUCUCCGUAAUCUGGUUCGGACACCGUCUAGGCGGCCGGCAAUGGAUGGGCGUCGGACUUGUAUUUGGCGGUAUUGGCGCUGAGGGCAUCAUCACGCGUAUGGAGAAACAGGCCAAGGAUAAAAAGGCCGCCGGUGCGGCGAAGAAGGAGUUGUGA